AUGUCCCCCAUUCAAAAUAUAGUCACCCAUGAUGAUGUCCCUAUCUUAAUCAUAGGAAGUGGCCCCUGUGGUCUCUUACUCGCGUUUAUGCUCGCGCGGCUCGGAGUCCGGACAUUGAUCGUCGAACGCUAUCCCACUAGACUAGAUGCACCAAAGGCCCACGCACUGUCACCCAGAUCACUGGAGCUAUGCCGCCAAUUCGGGUUGGAUGUCAACAAGAUCCGCAGCAUUGGGGCAAAUCGUGAAGACGCUCACUGGGUAAACUUCGUUACUAGUUUGAGCGGGAAGCUUGUCGGUAGACUUCCAUAUGAGCGGAUGGACGCUGGGGUCUUGAAUGACACGCCUACGAUGAUACACAACAUUCCCCAGCCGGAAUUCGAGGAUCUGGUUGCUCGAGAAUUGUCAAACCAUGGCCUUGUGGAAGUGCGCAAAAACCAUUCUUUUGUUCAGUUGGAAAAUCGUAGUGAUUGUGUUCUGGUUAGCAUUGAGGUUCGCUCCACCCAGCGAGUGUAUACUGUGAGAUGCUCUUACUUAGUGGGUUGCGACGGGGCGAAGAGUGCCGUUAGGAGGUUCCUAGGUAUAGAGAGUGAGGGAGGAGAUUCAUACGAAACUAUGAUGACCAUACAUAUCAAUGCUGACAUGGGUCCCGUUAUUAAAGAACGGGUGGGCAUGCUGCAUUGGGUGAUAGAUCCCGAAGUAUCUGGCUUUAUAAUAGGCUACGAUCUAUCAGGGAAUCAAGUACUAAUAUGUAACUUCGAUAGCAUCACACAUCCAGUUGAGUCGUGGAAUGAGGCACUUUGUCACAAGGUGGUCAACGCUGCCAUAGGCACUAAUAUCCCUUAUGAUGUGCUCAGCUACCGACCCUGGAUUCUGGAUAGAAAAGUAGCCAAAUCGUACAGAGUCAAUCGGGUCUUCUUAGCUGGGGAUGCUGCUCAUUCCUUCCCUCCGACUGGAGGCCUCGGGUUGAACAGUGGCUUGGGCGAUGUGCACAACCUCGCAUACAAAUUAGCAGCAGUGCUUCGUGGACUUGGCGGGGACUCACUCCUGGACAGCUACGAGUUCGACCGGCGACACGUGGCAACGGUAAACUCACAUCAGAGCGUUAAGAAUGAGAAGCAGAUAUUCGGGCUGUUAAGAGCUUUUGGGACCACUGACCUGAAUGUGGAUGUAGCAAGGCGAAAUUUGUACCGGAACAUCGAAGACCCUCAUGCGAUGAAAGAAAUCAACCAAGGUAUUGAGAACCAACGAGAGCAUUUUGAUAAUUUAGGUCUCCAUAUAGGCUACACUUACGGCGUUCACCGGGUCCCUGAGAGUGCAUCAAUCUACCGUCCAGUCUGUAUUCGUGGGGGACGCCUGCCUCAUGCUUGGGUUAGACUUUACGCACGAGAGGAAAUAGCGUUACCUCCGAUUGAUUCAUCCUACGUGGCCGAGCUCUCGUCGGAGGAAGUUCAAUUGAAACGAUACUCGACGCUGGAUCUCUGCACAUUCGAUGCCUUUACUUUGAUUGCGGACCAGGGUACGGCUCUACAUUGGAAACAAGCCCUGAAGGAGAUGCGCGAAUGUCUUCCUGCAGAUAUAUCAAAUAAAUUGAGAAUUCGCUUGGUUAUUCGAGGCUCGGAUUUUGACCUUCAACCUGGCAGAAAUAGCGAAGACUGGGUUCAACUCACAAAGUUGUACGAUGGGUAUUCUAUACUGGUCCGUCCAGAUCAGCACAUCUUGGAAUGCUUUAAGUUCCCGGCAGGACAUAGUGGGCUUCUGAAGGUGCUGAGAGAGCAUUUGGCGUGGGACGUUGUGGCCCCGAUAUGGGACAAAGUUGACAGUGUUUGAUAGGGGUACAUACCUAAGCAUUUUAAUCAAUGGUUGUUGCUUUGUGUA